AUGGCCAGGACGCGAAACAACCCCACCGGCCGGCCACCAUUACGACCACCUGCUCGUCGCUCGUCUCGUCGGACGCUGACCGGCGACACGCCCUCAACCACUCCCGCUCCAUCGAUGCAUCCCCUAACACCUCUCUCGCCGGAUCCCAUUGCGUUCGCUCCACCAGCACGGGAACCAUCCACCACCAUUGCCUGUCAAAGCUCCACCGUACGAGUCGACUACGACGAGUAUCACGCCGUCGUUACUCCGGUAUGUAUCACUCCAACUCCUCCCCUAUUUUCCAUUAUUUUCACCUCUUCCACCAUUAUACACACCAACACCAUCACCGGCGCCGGUUCGUCUUCUGGGCGACCGCUGGCUGCCGUGACCCUUCCUCCGCCCAUACCAACAACACGACCCCUUUUCCUAGCCCUAACCAAUCCACCCUCUAUCACCCCUCUAUCUAACCCCCUCCCACCACCGAUUAACCAACCACCCACUCAACCGUCCCCUAUUGCCCUUCCCUCCACACCACUCGGCCCACCCAUCAUCCACGAUUUCGACCUAAAUACAUUGGGGGAGGAGUUCAUUUUCGAUUUUGAAGCCACUACCUCUAAUAAUCCUGAAGAUUUAUUUCUUUUUUCCAUUCCCGAACCCAUCAACGAUUUACCACCACAACCCCCUAUGACUCAAACCGUGACUACAAUUCCUAGUGAGGAACUCCCAGUCACUACCCCCAGUGGGCAGACUGUGAGCACAGACGCAUCCUCGGGAAGUAUUGUGAGUUCCAGUUCCGAGUCUGCCAUUCCUCAACCAUUACCCAAGCCCGUAUCUGAGGAUAGCGAUUAUGAAGAUAAGAUGGCACAGGACUUGGCCAAUGAUGAUGACGUGGCCGAGGAAGACGAAGAGCAGGAGGAACUUGAGGAGGAAAUUUCUAGAAGAAGAGGAGCAAGAGGAUUUUGA